CAAUGUUUGUUUUGCCAGCACUCUAGGUUAUCUUUGGGUCUUUGGGCCAUGAUACCACUACCUUAUGUUAGCUACCAGGAGGCAAAGAAAGCUGGGGCUUGGAUUAUCAUAUAAACAGUUUCCAUUGUGCAUAUAUAUUGUUUCCUGAGUCUUUUGCUGAUUAGACCCCUGGAUACCACAAACUGUUUAAAGGACCUGAAAGUAGUGUAGUCUCUCAAGGCAUGCCUGGAUAUUCCAUCUUGUAUUUGUUCCUGCUGAGUGCUAUGACUGACCAGGGGCAAGCGUGCUUCUGUGAUCACUUCCCCUGGACUCAAUGGUCCAGCUGCUCAAAAACAUGUGAUUCUGGAACCCAGAGCAGACAUAGGCAAAUAGUAGUAAAUAAUUACUAUUGGGAUAACUCAUGUGACCAGCUUUGCACCAAGCAGGAUACCAGAGAUUGUAACUGGCAAAAAUGUCCUAUCAACUGUGUCCUGGGAGAUUAUGGGCCAUGGUCAGGCUGUGACCCUUGUCUUGAAAAACAAACUAAAGUUAGAUCUGUCUUGCGCCCUAGUCAGUUUGGGGGACAACCAUGUACUGAGUCCCUGAUGACCUUUCAACCAUGUAUUCCAUCUAAACUCUGCAGAAUUGAAGAGGUUGACUGCAAGGAUAAAUUCCUCUGUGACAGUGGGCGUUGCAUUGCCAGCAAGUUAGAAUGCAAUGGAGAAAAUGACUGUGGAGACAAUUCAGAUGAAAGGGCAUGUGGGAGAAAAAAGCCAGUGUGCCCGCGGAUAUACACCCCGAUCCCUAGCGUACAGAUGAUAGGUGCAGGAUUUCAUUUUCUGGCAGGAGAGCCCAGAGGAGAGGUCCUUGAUACUUCUUUCACUGGAGGAAAAUGUAAAACUGUCAAAAGCAGUAGAGCAAGUAAUCCAUAUCGGGUGCCAGCCAAUCUGGAAAACGUCAAUUUUGAGGUCCAAACUGAAGAAGAUGAUUUGGAAACAGAUUUCUACAAGGAUUUAAUUCCUUUAGAAAAGAAUGAAAAUGAAAAAGUUUCAGUAUGGGGUACAAAGAAAAAUGAUUUUAAUGUACCAAUUUUUUAUUCAUCAAAGAAAAAUGAAAACUUUAAACAUAAUUUGGCUUUCAGAGAAGCCAUUAAAGCCUCCCACAAGAAGGAUUCUAGUUUUGUUAGGAUACAUAAAGUGAUAAAAGUCUUAAACUUCACAAUGAAUGCUGCGGAUCUGCAUCUCUCUGAUGUCUUUUUGAAAGCACUUAACCAUCUGCCUUUAGAUUACAACUUCGCUUUGUACAGCCGAAUAUUUGAGGACUUUGGAACUCAUUACUUUACUUCUGGAUCCCUGGGUGGAGUGUAUGACCUUCUUUACCAGUUUAGCAGUGAAGAGUUAAAGAAUUCAGGUUUAUCGGAGGAAGAAACCCAAAACUGCAUCCGUAUUGAAACACGGAAACGCUAUUUAUUUUUUAAGAAAACCAAAGUGGAAGAGCGUUGCACCACUAACAAGAAGUCGGAGAGCUAUGAAGGUUCAUUUUUGCAGAAAGCAGAGAAAUCUAUAUCCCUUGUACGAGGUGGGAAGAGCAGUUAUGCAGCAUCUUUGGCAUGGGAGAAAGGAAACUCUGUUUCAGAUGAGAAAGUUCUUUUUGAGUGGUUAGAAUCAGUGAAGGAAAAUCCUGCUGUGAUUGACUUUGAGCUUGCUCCCAUCACUAACUUGGUCAAAAACAUCCCCUGUGCGGUGACAAAACGGAACAAUCUCAGGAAAGCUUUUCAAGAAUACACAGCCAAGUUUGACCCUUGCCAGUGUGCUCCGUGCCCAAACAAUGGCCGUCCCACCCUCUCCGGCACCGAAUGUCUGUGUGUGUGCCAGAGUGGGACCUACGGCGAGAACUGCGAGAGACGGUCUCCCGAUUAUAAAUCUAAUUCCGUGGAUGGGAACUGGGGCUGCUGGUCUUCCUGGAGCGUGUGCAAUGCUGCUUAUAAGAGAUCAAGAACCCGACUGUGCAAUAACCCUGCCCCCCAACAAGGAGGGAGGUACUGCGAGGGGGAGGAACAGCAAGAGGAAGACUGUACCUUUUCAAUAAUGGAAAAUAGUAAUCAGCCAUGUGUCAGUGAUGAUGAAGAGAUGAGAGAGGUAGACCUUCCUGAGACAGAAGCAGAUUCAGGGUGUUCUCCACCUGUUCUGCCAGAAGAUGGAUUCAUCUGGAAUGAAAAGAAAUUAUACUCAGUUGGGGAAGAAGUUGAAAUUUCAUGCCUAACUGGAUUCAAACCUGUUGGGUACCAGUACUUCAAAUGCUUACCAGACAGGACCUGGAGGAGAGGAGACAUGGAGUGCCAGCAAAUGGCGUGCUUCAAACCAGUUGUGCCAGAAAUGCUGACACUCUCCCCAUUUCAGAGAGUGUACAGAAUUGGUGAAUCCAUUGAAGUGAUUUGCCCCAAAGGCUUUGUGGUUGCUGGGCCAUCCAGGUACACAUGCAAGGGAAAUUCCUGGACACCACCCAUUUCAGACUCACUUAACUGUGAAAAAGAUACACUGACAAAAUUAAAGGGCUCUUGCCAGCCAGGACAAAAACAAUCAGGAUCAGAAUGCAUUUGUCUGUCUCCAGAAGAAGACUGUAGUCAUUAUUCAGAAGAUCUCUGUAUAUUUGACACAGACUCCAAUCAUUACGUUACUUCAUCGGCUUGUAUGUUUUUGGCCAAGAAGUGUUUAAAUAGUCAGCAUCUCCAUUUUCUCCAUAUUGGUUCCUGCCAAGAAAGUGAACUGUUAGAAUGGGGUCUUGAAAGGACAAAACUUGCAUCCAAUAGCACAAAGAAAGAAUCCUGUGGCUAUGAUACCUGCUAUGACUGGGAAAAAUGUUCAGCCUCCACUUCCAGCUGUAUCUGCCUGUUGCCCCCUCAGUGCAUCAAAGGUGGAAACCAACUCUACUGUGUCAAAAUGGGGUCAUCAGCACGCAAGAAAACAGCGAACAUCUGUGAAGUGGGAGCUGUGAGAUGUGCAAAAAGAAAAGUGGAAAUACUGCAUGCCGGGAGGUGCCUGGCCUAGCACAAUUACUGAAGAACAGACUCACUAUCCAGAAGAAACCCCUACAGAAGGACGUUUUUGUGCAGGGAGUAUGCUAGCUUGGCCAGAAACUACUAACAUUUUUUUGAUGUUGGUUUCACACCAUUAUUCUCUCCCUAACUCUUCCUGAUCCAGCAUCCCCUAUCAAGUCCCAGUCCAUGUCACCCCAUAAUAUGCCCCCCUGUGACAACUCUCAUGUGAGUCUAGUAAAUAUUCUUAAUCACAUUUCAUGAAAAUAAGGAGAAUUUAAAGGCCUUAUAAAGCAUGUGGUAUUAAGCAUUCUCACAAUAAAAAAUGAGUAAAAA